AUGGGUCCACUUAUUCACGGUUGUAUUGGCGGUCUCCUCCUUAUUAUUUAUAUUUCCUUCAGAAUACAUUCAUGUUGUUCAACAAUACAAGAAGAAAAUGAAGUUAUGGUUGUGAAAUCUCUAGAAAAUCAAAAACAAAUGGGAAAAAGUCAUGAUAUAGGGUUCCUUGCAGAAGCAAAAAGUAAAUAUAUGCAUUUAUCAGAUCUUUAUGAGAUAGACAACCAAAAUGCAUCAAAUUGCGGCGAAAUAAUUUAUUCUAAAUUGGAAUCCAACGACAUAGUUGAUGUUUCUUAUUGUACAUGGCAAGAAGAUGGAGAUAGGCAGCCAUUAAAAGGUGAAAAAGUAAUAUAUACAUGUAUUCCAGUCAUAGAUUUAGAUAGAACUAUGGAUAAUACGUUAAAUACAGCAUAUAAUGCAUACCUAAGCAGAUUUUGUGAGUCAGAAGCAAAUAGAUUCGUGAAAUUGAGGUACAAACCACCUCAGAAUUUCGUAUAUCGUGCAAUUGCAGGGAAUUCAUUUGCUUUCAAAUAUUUUACAACUAUACCUUACAGAAUUUUCUAUGAAAUCCUUUUCUUCUUUGGAUUUAACGGAAUUUCGGAUUUCUUUUGGUCAUACAAAGCAAAGCGUUAUAUUUUCUAUUCUCAGAAGAAGAUUGGUCAUGAAGCAAGUAGUUACCGUGCUAGAUAUGGCGAAAGGGACUUAAAUCCUAUUAUAAAUCACGAAGGUGGAGAAAUCUCCGAAAAUUAUAAUAGUUCUAAGGAUGAAAAUUCAAUGAAAAUGAGUUUAUUGAACCCAUAUAAUGAGAAUUAUUAA